AUGACAACCCUGCAGAGCGUGGGCUUGAUGGAUUCCGCCGUGAUUGGUGAAAAGUCACAGGUCACCAGACGAGGACGGCAAGGCAAAAGCAGUCAUAACCAAUGGACCCUUCAAACAGAAACGUCGGUGCCUUCUUUAGAACAAAAGCGUGUCUGUAAAGACAGCCAGACUGAUUCUGUCACGAGGGAGAAAUCCAGACGCAAAGAGGGCUCUCCAAUUUCAACAGCGAUCUGUCUGAACGUAUCCGUUAGUCGGCUCUUCAGUCGGUUCUACCACUUCAGGCCUUUACUCACUUCUCCGACCAAGCAGAUCGAGGAAAUAGUGGAAUUUCAAAAAAUAGUGGGUAGCUUAAUUGAACUUGUUGAUCAACUGGCGAAAGCUGCUGAAACUGAGAAGAUGAAGGCCAUUGGUGCACGGAACUUGCUGAAGUCUAUAGCAAAGCAGAGGGAAGCUCAGGAACAGCAACUUCAGGCUUUAAUAGCUGAGAAAAAGAUGCAGCUGGAAAGGUACCGAAUAGAGUACGAGACUUUGUGUAAAAUUGAAGCAGACCAGAACGAAUUCAUUGACCAAUUCAUUUUUCAGAAAUAGAGGAUUUUAAGAUAAGAAUGAACUAGCUUGGAAACUUGACCAUUCCAGAAUCUUGAGAAUUUCAAAAAUAUGCAAUUUUUCACUGUGUGUGACUGAAGAGAUGGUUUGUACAAAGGGAAGUGUCUUUUCAGUGUGAGUUACACUAAAAGUGGCAAUAAGGAGGGCUUUCUAACAGACGUAAAGACUGUUCUGUCCUUUGAUUUUAUAAAAGUUUUGUACAGUCAGUAGUUCUAAUUCAAAUUAUAGUUGGAUUAAUGCUACCGUUGCUAUGUUUUGUCUCUCACUUUUUGAAGUGUACAGCUCUUUCAAAGAAAUUGGGAAAUAAAUUAUUGUUUUCAGACUUCCU